UAGGUAAAUAUCACUAAUGCCGGUAAUUGUAUAUAACUCCAUAUAUCUAAAGGAGGUGUGAUUAUUUUGGAAUUUGAUGUUUAUGGCACCGCUUGGCCCGCUUCGCCUGGAUCGAGACGAGUCACGUUAAUGCAUCACAGUCUGACUGCUGUCCUCACAGCCAAAAAAGAAGUCUCCAGUACUUCAAAAAACUGAGUCCACUGCUUUGAGUUGCUGCUUUCAGAGACACCAUCAGGGAGGACGGCCACCCUUCCUACAUCAUGAGCACCCGCGGGACCGGCAGGACCAAUGGGAGCCUACCGCAGACCAAGAUCUGCCAGUUCAAACUGGUGCUGCUGGGAGAUAUGGCUGUUGGCAAAUCCAGCCUGGUGCUGCGCUUUGUUAAAGGCCAGUUUGAUGAGUUUCAGGAGACCACCAUUGGAGCUGCGUUCUUGGCACAGUCUGUUUGUCUGGAUGACACUACAGUGAAGUUUGAGAUUUGGGACACAGCUGGACAGGAGCGCUACCACAGCUUGGCCCCCAUGUACUACCGAGGAGCCCAGGCGGCCAUUGUAGUGUUUGACAUCACCAAGCCUGAAACAUUUGAGCGAGCAAAGGCGUGGGUGAAAGAGCUACAGCGGCAGGCCAGUCCCAACAUCGUCAUUGCUCUCGCAGGAAACAAGGCCGACCUAGCAGACAAGAGACUUGUGGAGUAUGAGGAAGCUCAGACAUAUGCAGAAGACACAGGCUUGCUUUUCAUGGAAACGUCUGCCAAGACUGCAAUGAAUGUAAACGAGUUGUUCCUGGCCAUUGCAAAAAAGAUGCCAAAAACAGACACCCAAAACCCCACGCAUGCUGCCCGACACAGGGGGGUAAACCUACAGGAUCCAGAUGCACAGUCCUCUCGAAGCUGCUGUGGGAACUAAAGGCCUGUCAACACUCCAUCACGGGAGACCACUGACACCUCCUCCUUCCCAAAAUCCCACCCUUCACCCUUUCACCUCCCAAGACGGAUACUGAAAGAGAUAGAAAGUGAGAGGAAUAACAGAAAGAGAUUGAGGAAAAUUUCUCACUGAUGCCAUAAGGAGAUUUUUCAAGGAAGGCUUCUGAUGGACAUAGCAGAAAGUGAACGGACGAUGGACUCUAUCAUAUCUGGCAGUAUAUAUGGAUUCUGUAUUAUUUUUAAGUCAAAAAUAAUUUCAGCCUCUGUUCAUUUUCAUUACACCAGCAAGGUGUCACCCAAAGAGAUACAGGAACACAGAAGAAACAGGAUAAACAGAAGAAUUAUUUCACCAACAAAUCUUCCCAUUCUCAAUCCUGAAAUGAACUGAAGUGGUCCAUAAUGCCCCCUUAUAACAUCCAGAAGUCUUCAAGUGAAAACUACACAAAGUAUCCAUAUGCUCUGGGCUCCCCCAUUCUGAUCCCAACUCUAACACUGGAAGGAAGUCAGCACCUUAACCUGAAACUAACCCUUACAAUUCUUCAACCAUGAGCUGCAUCUACUAAAUUUUUUAAACUACGAAAGGAACACUGAAGCAGAAGUUAUUCACCCUGAGCUUGUUUUUUUUUUUUUUUUUUUCAGCCACCAGCUUUAUUUAUUACCUUUGUUUGAACUAGUCUCCCUUACAGACCUCGUCGUUCAUCUUAGACCCAAAAAGUAUUGAAGAACAUCAAUGUUGUCUUCCCUAUCCCAUUUCCUUCUCCUGACCACAUUGACCUUGAAUUUCAGUGUUGAAGUUCACUAAACAACAGCAAGCUCUACGAUGCCUUCUCUAUGUUCUCGUUGCUUUGUGUAAACUACUGUUUGAGAAACAAUCGACAAAUCAUUUACAACAUAUUGGCACCAAUCGGAUGACUGAUCAAAAAGCAUUUCGCUUCGCAAGUAAUAUCGCACAUUAAUUCGUUUGAACAAGGAAGUCAUGCAAUACCAAGCCAAUGUCUCAGUAUGUUAUGAAAAAGCAACAAAAAUAUUUAAGCACCCACAAAUCAACAACGUGAAUGAUUUAGCGACCGAUGCUGUGCAAUACAGUGGGACGGAAAAUAGCAUCAAGGGAAAUUUUUGCCCACAAAGCCCCUGAAAAAGUGGAAAAAAACAGAAGUGCCUACUCCGUUUUUUCCGUGUUCUUUGUUUUGGGCUUGUUUGAGGUCGGCAGACCACCAGAAAAGUAGCGUUUUCGAGUUGGCCCGAAGUGUACAGGCAAUAACCUGUAAAAAUAAUCAGUUGAGCUUGUUAGUAACAGAGGAGUCAUUUAUGAAGUUUUGUUUUAUGGAUGGUGUUUGUUGAUGUGUAUAAAAAUGAGUUUUAUUUAAAAAUGAUUUUAGUCAGUAAUUUAAUGGGUUACCAAUACAUUUAUAUGGUCAUUUAGGGAAUGAAUUAGGUAUCAUGAUAAGGUGUCACACAGCUAGAAUUCAUUUGUCAUGUGUCUUCAGGUCCACCUUUUUUGUGGAAUAGAUCUGAUCUCCUGUUAACACCUCUGUGAACUGAAAUGUUAAAUAAAGCUGUGCUGUUCUGCUAUGAAUGAAAUGUGA